AUGGUGUCCUCUGAUGUCCUGAUCCUGGUUGUGGAGGUGGUCGGUUGGGUGGCGCAGCAAACAAUGGUGUGGUCUUUGGAGGUAAGGCUGGAGGCUGUUGAGGUUGUUGUUGCUGUUGCUGAGCUGGUGGUGGAGGCAGGGGCUGGCCAGAGUUUGAUGGCUCUCUUCUGUGUCCUGGUUGAGGUGGAGGUCCUGAUGGUGGUCUCAUUGGUGAUGGCGAGGAUACUGGAGGUGAUGGUGUGCUCGGUGUUGUUGAUGUCUGUAGUGGUGUUGUGGAGGUGA